GGUAAAGGGGGUAAGGGACAAAAGCUUGUGACGAAGGAACGUGACGAUCGAUGAAAAGUGCAUUUUUUACCCUUCACGGAAUCGAGGAGUGUCCUUUCGUCAGCAAAAAAAAAGAAAAAAAAAAAAAAAAAUUGUCGACAAAAAAAGUGAGAAAAAAAAACCUUUGGUUUCAUGAAAUUAGUACUAUAGAAGAAACGAAAAUGUUCUCUCUUUAAAGUAUCGAUAAAUCGAAAUUCAAGAAGAAAAAAUAGAAAAAAAAAUCAUAAAAACAGUUAUAUUAAUACUAUUUACAAAGUUCAUUUACAAAAUAAAAAGUGAAUUUUGAAUAAAAUUUGCCAAAUAUUGACAAUGACAAGAAACAUAACCUUAAAAAAAAAGAGUGACUUGUUUUUUUUCGAUAUGAAAUUGUGCGUGAUUUUUUUGUUUUUUUUCGACAAACAUGAAAAAAGGGAAUUAAAUUAAUAAAAUGAAAUUUCAUAUUUUUAUUUGGAAAUUUUUAUUUUGCGACGUUCGACGAGGAAGGAAAUUCGGCGCCGCGGAUGGUCUAGAGCGAGAGCGGUGUACAGAAAGCCACUGCGCGAACGGACGCGAGGAACGACGGACGCGAAAUGGCCGCCCCAGGGAUAAAUGGCCCUGCCAUCAAGAAACGUCAACAUUUUAAGACAAUCAAAAAGUUUUAUUCAACAAUAUAAAUUGUUAUUAGUGCCUGGAAAAAAAGUGUUUAACAAAAUUUUCAUUUCAUUAGAUGGAAAAAUACAUUUGAAAUAUAGUAAUAGAGAGAAGAGAAUCGUCGUUCACACACAUUCUUUCUGUCUCUUUCCUCUUGCAAGUGUAUAUAUAUGUGUGUGUUGUUUGCUGCUCCCUCCAAAAAAAAAAAAGGAAAAAAAGUUCGCCUUCUAUAUACAUAUAUAGUGUUUCUCAUUUUCUCUCUGUGUCUUUAACGGUGUUGUAUAUUUGACGACGCUUUUUUUUUUAAUGUGAAAAAUAAAAACUCCACACACAUACAGUGAAAUCGAGCCUAGAAAUCCAGAGGUUAUGAACGUUGAGAAUGAACCGACGCCAAAUCUUGGAGAAAAGAAAAAUCCCUUUUGAUGUGACAAUAAAAAGUGCGUUGUUUCGUGUGUGUUUUUGAGAAACGUUCAAAAAAAAGGUUUCUCAAAGUGAAAAUCAAGUUUUAAUAUAUUCGAAUCUGUGCGCGUGUGUAUGUGUGUGUUUGUGAAAUUUUCCUCAUGCGACGGAUUUUAUUGGAAUUGAGCAGUAAAUUCGUUGAACGAGGAAUUUCGAUUGUUGGGGGAAAAAAAGAAGGUGAAUGCAGAGAACAUAAGUAAAAUACCAAGGGGACAUUAAAAAUCAGAGGGACUCGAUGGUUCCUGAAAAUUAGCGUAGCACAGGAAAGCUGAAUUAAAGCAGGUGGGAGAGGAGAAGAUAGUGGCUGUGAACAAAAAAUACUAAAAAAAAACACAACGGACAAAAGAAAAGAAAGGAGGGAAAAAAAGAAAAGGAACACGCAUAUAUAUUUGUAUGUGUGUGUGUUUCCUUCAUCAUCAUAAUAAUAAUCAUCAACAACAACAACAACAACAACAACGAAUGUUGAUGCCGUUAUAGAGAUAUUUCUUCUUCCUUCCUGCUUCAUUGGUCCUUAAAGAAAAAAAAAAAAUUGUCUCUUUGUGUGUUUGUUUUUUUGUGUCUUCAUUAUUGCAAAAAUCGUGAGAAAUAUGUAUUUACACGCGAGAGCCGUCCAUUGCUCUCGAGAGUGAGAAGUGAGCGUUCGUUUAAUUUUUUUUAAAAAGGCGAUGACGAAGGAUCGUUUAUCGUCAUUAAAUCCAAAACCACCUCAUUAUCAUCAUCAUCAUCAUCAUUAUUGUCAUUGUUAUCAUCAUGUGGAGCAAAAAAAUUGUUGGCUGGGCAUCAAUGUUAUCGUCAUUAACGCCAAAAAUGCAUUUUAUUGUCGUCGUCAUCAUCAACGCCGUCAUCUGACUUAUUGUGCUCGACUGCAUGAUGACGGCGGGUCGACGUCGCGCCAAAUUGCAACGAAAAUUAUCGCCAACAACCACGGAACAACAGAACGAAGACGACGAUGCUUCUUUAAGAGAGCGUCCAUUAAACAACGUGAGGGACAAGAUCAGCAACAGCAGCGCCAGCAUUAUCCGAAGAGGAGGGAAUAAUAAUAAUAAUAAUAAAAAAUUCUGUGCGCGGGUGUU